AUGAAGGCCAAAGUCCAAAACACUGAAACAGUGGAAGAAAAAAACUAUAUGAUCACUUGUGCCGAGAAGCGUGAGCGUAACCCUGAUGCAUUGAAGGGUCCUAUCCACAAGAACAAGGAGUGCUGCCAGUGGUCCGGUGAGUGUGGCGACUUGAAGAAGUGCACUCAGUCAUACUGCGAGAAGGAAGCCCACUCGUCCGAUGUUUACAAGCGAUCCGACUUCCAGUUUUAAAUUGCCUGUAGAUUCUGCACACUUGACAAUUAAUUAAUAAAUUAGUACCUGAGAAAUAGCA